CUUAUAACGUUCAUAUUUAACAUUAUUUUAAGUUCCACAUAACAUAGUAUAUACAUUAAGCCAGCAAAAACAGAUUUGCGACUGAGAUUUAUAUUUUUCCCCUCGCAUUGAAGGUUGAGGAACAUCAUGGAGCAGAAAUAUGAGGAAGAAAUCCAGAUGCUCCAGCAGGAAAUCGAAAUGCUCAAAACUGAACGAGAGGAGAGUUUACGGUCCAUUUUCAUUCAGAACGGAGAUCGAUUACAGCAGGAACUAAAGUCUGUCUGUGAAGAUAGAGUAGGUGGAGGAACACAGAAACACACAAAGCUCAUUAUGGAAAUCAGGGAGCUGGAAAAAGACCUCAGACGACAGACGGAAAUCAACGGGAUCGCUCUCAAAGAGUGUUUUGUGAAGACGUUACACAAAAGUAAAAACAAACUUGUACAGCAGCUCAGACUUGCGGGUCACUGCAAUGUGCUUUUGUUUCAAGUCGAGUUUGCAGUGACUGAGAUUCAGGAAGGCGACACGCUGCUCAGGAGAGUCACAGAGCUCAACAUUGUCGUGGAUGGUGCUGAAUUUAAAGAUUUCUCAUCGUUUGUUUCCAGUGUGGAGGACACAAAAGAUGUUCUCUUGUUCUUCAGGACUUUGAGGAUGUUUUCUGAGAGAUGCAAGGAGAGACGUGAAACAUUUCAACACUUUCAGGAGAAGUAUCCAGACGUGGUGAGCCUUCCAGAGGGAAGCAGAUCGGAACUCAUGAUCAUUCAAAGUCCUAAACUUCCUGGGAUCUCAAUGACCAUAUUUUGGAAGAUCGAUGUGUCCAAGGAAGGAGUAGUAAAACCAUCGCUUGAACUCUUGCUGAAGAUGCCUGAUCAGGCUCGAGAGAUGGACACGAAAAAAGUGAUGGAAAACGGCUCUGAAUACUUUGAGAGUCUCCUGCGGAUUCUCGGGGUGGAAGCGUCAAUCGAGGGCUUGAUAAGAUCCAUGCGUCUUUGAGAAAUCAUAAAACCCAAUGAAAGCCAC